AUGACAAAGCACUCCGAGAAAGACGCUGCCGAUGAGCAGCUGCCUUCCAUCGAGGAAGAUCUCUACACAAUUCUUGGCGUCCAGUCCGAUGCAUCUCCAGAAGCUAUUAAGACUGCCUACAGAAAAAGCGCUUUGAAGCACCAUCCAGGUGUGUUACAGGUCACAUACAUACAUUUCAUUUCACUCAAACCCUAUGCUUACCAGUCAUCUGCAGACAAGGUCAGUGAAGACCAACGCGAAGAAGCCAACAGAAAAUUCCAGCAGAUCGCCCUGGCCUACGGUGUUCUCUCAGAUGAGCGACGACGAAAGAUCUACGAUCGCACCGGCAGCACCGAAGAAGUUCUUGACGAGGAUGAAGACUUUGACUGGCUGGACUUCUACCGCGAGCAACUAUCGGCUACACUGGACACUCGCGCCUUGGACGACUUCCAAGUCAAAUACAAGGGGUCUGAUGAGGAAAAAAAUGACAUCCUGGAGGCAUAUGAACGAGGCAAGGGAGAUAUGGAUGUCAUCUAUGACUCUGUGAUGCUCUCCAAUGUGCUUGAGGAUGAUGCGCGCUUCCGGUCUAUCAUUGAUCAAGCCAUCAGUGAGGGCCAGGUGGAGGCAUACUCACAGUACAGUGAAGAGCCAGAGAGCAAGCACCAGCGCCGUGUGCGACGAGCACAGAAGGAAGCCAAGGAGGCUGAGAAGCAUGCGAAAGACACCGAGAAUGCUAAGAAAAAGAAGGCAGCCUCGGCUUCGAGGUCAUCCAAGGCCACCGGCAUGGGAGACGACGACCUCCUUGCCAUGAUCACCAAACGCCAGCAACAGCGUGGCCAAAGUUUCCUCGACCGCCUGGAAGAGAAGUACGGGGGACAGCCAAAGGGGUCAAAACGAACGGCAAUGGAUGAGCCACCAGAGGAGGCAUUUGCCUCUGUUGGGGCCCGCAAGAAAUCCAAAGGCGGCAAGACCCAGAAGACAAAGUCCUCUAAGACAUGA